AUGACGGAUUGGACGGUUAUCGCCAGCAUACUGGCCGUCCUGGGAAUCCCUUACCCGGCUCGCCCAGGAGCCAACCCAGAAACGCUGACGGAUGGCGUCAUCAACUCUCAGGUCCGUCUCGCAUAUGCGGGACCCACCGGCAUGACGGUAACGUGGAAUACCUUCUACCAGCUCGACAGCCCGAGGGUCAACUACGGCUUUCAACCACACUAUCUGCCCUUCUACGCCGAGUCUAAUGUCUCGGUGACAUACGACACCGCGCUCACCUAUAAUAACCAUGUCACUUUGACCGGUCUGCAGCCGGAUACCCUGUACUACUACCUCCCCGAGCCGCUUCUGUUUGACAACGCCACGGUCGCCCCGUACAGCUUCCGUACGGCCCGACCCGCCGGCGAUGGCACGCCGUAUUCGAUAGCCGUAGCCAUCGAUCUCGGCACGAUGGGCUCAGAUGGCUUGAGCACCUCGGCUGGAGAGGGCGUUCCCCCGGGAGCAAUACUGGGGCCAAACGACAAUAAUACCAUGCAGUCACUUCAAGCGGUGAUAGACACGUUUGACUUCCUAUGGCAGCCUGGCGACAUGUCAUACGCGGAUUAUUGGCUGAAGGAAGAAAUUGAAGGAUAUCUGCCCAACACCACAAUCGCUGAUGGUGCCAUCGUAUACGAAUCCAUCCAGAACAAUUUCUACGACCAGAUGACGCCCAUCACUACCCGCAUGGCAUACAUGGUUGGGCCAGGUAACCACGAGGCUGAUUGUGAUGUAGGCGGUGCCAAGGACCCCGCCCACAAUAUCACGUAUACUGAGUCUAUCUGUAUGCCUGGCCAGACUAACUUCACGGGUUUCAUAAACCGCUUCCGUAUGCCGUCCGCACAGAGCGGCGGGACCGGCAACUUCUGGUACUCCUUUGAUCAAGGCAUGGUGCAUUACAUUCAGCUCGACACCGAGACCGAUCUUGGCCACGGACAUGUCGGUCCCGAGGAGCUGGGAGGUGUAUCUAAUGUCGAUGCUGGCCCUUUCGGCGCGACUAAGAAUGCGCAGACUGAUUGGCUGGAGCAGGAUCUGGCAUCGGUAGACAGGACCAAGACCCCGUGGGUAAUCGUCGCAGGGCACAGACCGUGGUACCUGUCGUAUGCGAACGUCUCAAAGACCAUCUGCUGGGAUUGCAAGGAUGUUUUCGAACCCCUUCUCAUCCAGUAUGGCGUGGACCUUGUCAUCUCGGGACACUCACAUCUGUACCAGCGCUCUGCACCGAUUGCGGACGGCGUCAUUGAUCCGAACGAGUUGGACAACCCAAGUGCGCCUUGGUAUAUCACCAAUGGCGCAGCGGGCCACUAUUCCGGGCUCAGCGCACUAGCGGCUCCGAAGCCCUACCAGCGCUUCGGUCUUGAUGUCACGGAUGGUGUCUAUGGCUGGUCGAGACUCACUUUCCACAACUGCACGCAUAUGACGCACGAAUACGUGGCUUCCAAGAACGGGACGGUCAUGGACACGGCAACGUUAUUCAAGGAUCGAACGUGUGCUCUAACAUAA